AUCAGCAUCCCCAUGCCAAUGAUUUUUUUUCAACUUUUAUUGAAUUUGAAUUCGUCGUUGGUUAGUAGUAAAAGUUUUCCUCUCUGGAGAGAGAGGGAGAGAGAGAGAGAGAGCAUUUUUAGAAGAUAACAGCUGAAUAAAAAGCUUUUCAGUGCAUUAUCCAAGUGACUAAACAUGGCAGAAACAGAGUAUUGUAAGAAACUUCAACAAGCUUUAGAAUUCCUUCAGACAACAAAGUGUCAGAUUCAUGAUGACACAUUAUAUCAAAAGCUGCUUGAUGAUUUGAGUGAAAAAGUGAUCAGUGCAGAGUUUGCAGAGAAAUGUGGAGUGAUCAGUUUUAUACAGGCUACAGGAAAAACCCCUGAUGUCAGACCAGACACUCUGGUUUUUGCUGUACAAUUGAUAGGAAGGCUGGUUUCUAAGAUCAAGUUUUCAUUGGUUCAUCUGAACAUUAUAUCAUCAUUGAUUGAGACUAUUUUAUCAAAUAAAUGGAUGGAGAAUCUUUCUGUCUCUUGUGCACUGCUCAAAACAUUGACAAUCAUUCUCCGUAGUGCCAAGGAUAUCUGUGCAAAUAUAAAUCUUAAAGAAAUAUUUAUGAAGUCAUUUGAUGUACUGAGGGAAGAGAGGAGUAUUUUUCUGUCAAGAGCUGCAUCAGAUUUUAUUAAUUCUGUGUUUACUAGUGAUAUGGCUGAAUCAGAAGAGGCAAAAUGCCUUCUCAAGGAACUCCAGGCCACUAUUGUAGACUUGAAAACUAAAGACUGCCAAAGAGUUCUCUCCCCUUCAGUGAUGUGUUCCUUAAGAGUACUAGAGAGAGUGCCGUGUUAUUUUAGUGAAUGCUUUGAUGAGAUUUUUGAUCCCUUGAUUUGGUUAAUGAAGAAUGGAAAUACACAGGCUGUUACAACUGCCACAAGAUGUAUUUGUAGAUUAUCUGAAAGUCGAAGUGAAAUGGAGGUUGUUAGAGUAAAAUCUCAAAUAUCACCGUUAUUGAACAUGCUUGACAGUGUUAGAUGUCUUCAUAUUGCCAAGAUCCUCUAUCCUGUCAAUCUCAUAGAAAAAAGAGAUUUGGAAGACUUAAUAGUAAGACCAUUACAGCUAGACAACUUAAAACAACCAUCUUCCCCUUCCCCUUGCCUCUCUGCUAUAUGUCAGAGUCUUACAGUUAUCAAUGAAUGUAAUAUACAUAAUCCGGAGAUCUGUAAUCAGGUUUAUAAAGUCUUGAGGAUGACGGCUGACGGACAAGAGGAGAUCAUUGAUACAUUUUUCUCUCAAAAUCUAAUCUCUUGGAAGACUAAAAUACAAAUCAGAUGUUUAGAGUAUUUAGAAUCUUAUGUCUGUGAGGAGUUGAUUCCCUUUGCAUUCUCUGUCAUCAGUAACAUUACUGCUUCUUCAACAGACCACACAAUAUACAGGAAAUGCCUUGACUGUCUAUGUAUACUGCUGCCUUGGAUUUUGUCUAGUUCUCGUCAUUCCUCAGACACGUCUACAGUUACUUCAGAUCUUUGUAAGAUACGGGACUCAGUCCAGAAGAAUUUCUGUAGUAUGGACUGGGAAUUCAGGGACACUAGCUGUGAAUUUGUGAAGAAGCUUCUGGAAAAGAACAAAGAAAGUCAGGUUAUGAUGAGUUGGAUUCUGGACUCUAGAUUCCUUGUGUUUGCAUAUCAAGCUGUAAGUGAUGGGGAGAGUUAUGUAAGAGCUACUGGUCUCAGUACUCUACAGACUGUUCUUACGUCCACCCAUGUUACAAGUCUGCUACAGGACAUAGGCAGUUCAAUUGAUGAGGUUAUUUCUGGGGUAUUAGACAUCUGUAACACAGACAGUGAGGCCUUUCCAAGGAGGAGUGCAGUGACCCUUCUGUCACACUGCUGGGGGACCCUCCUAGAACAAUUACAGCCAGACACCAUACAAAAUAUCACCCAGAGUUUCUCUCUCUCAUUGCCUUCAGACUUUGACUGGGAGGUCAAACUAAAAGUGGUAGAUUUCUGGUGUAUAAUCUUGAAAAAUGUCUUUGCAGCAGACAUAACAACUUCAAGCAGAACAGUGGUAUUUUCAGGAUGCUUAAAAUGUGGACGGGGAAAAAAGAGGGAUCCCUCUUCUGUUGCCACUGCUGUUGAUGUACUCCUGAAGCUGUCUUGUGAUUAUGACCCUAGUGUGAGUAAGAAAACUCACCAGGAAUUACAUUGGAUCAGUGAACACUUGGAGAGACUUAUUGUACUUGAAAAUCCACUGACAAAUGGACACGGGGAUACAGGCAGCUUUUGGUGCUCUUGCUGUAGCAGUUUGGUUCAAGAAAUAUAUGAUAAAAUAAAAGAAAGCAAAGAAAAAUAUGAUAUGGAAUCAAAAUUUAUCACUGAAUAUGACUAUAAUUCUCUGUCCUUGUUGGAUGAUAUUUUGUCUUUGGACAAAGGUCAAGAAGAAGAGGAUGAAGAGAAUGUCAUUGACUGUUAUUAAGAUUAUCCCUCUUGUAGCAACAUUUGUAAUAAAACAGGAUUCCAUGGUUUGUUGUCUGUGGACAAUAUACACUACAAUGUGUAAUGUUAUGUUUUUUCCCCCUAAAGCAGCAGUUUAAACCAAGAAAAUAUAUUAUGAA